AUGAAGAGAACUGCUGAUUCACAGGUUGAUUUGAAGAAGAAAGAAUCCCUGGAUAACGAUGAUCAUGAUUCGGAUUAUGAGCCUCUAAGUAAAGCUGGCAAGAAACAUUACCCCAAACGUGAGAGAAAGUCACCAUCUGGGACUCCUAGAAAAGCGGCCUCAGUCAGAUCACAAAGGAACGCAGCAAGGAAAAAGGGGAACACCUGCUCUGAAGAUGACGUUCCUCUCUCAAAGCUCCAGGCCAAGCCAGACAUUGAGGAGAAGCAGUCACAUGAAAACACACACAGCUCGAGCAUUAAGUCAAAACAGGACACACGUGCUUCUGAUGACCCCUCCGAUGAUGAACCCUUGAUCAAAAAUAAAAAAGUCUCUGCUCCAGCUGAGGAAGUGGAGGAAAAAGACAACACAUCACUCAAAUCACAUGGCACAAGUGACAAGAAAGCAGAUAAGAAUACAGAUGAUGACUCGGAUGAUGAGCCUCUCAUAGGAAAGGCCAAAAAGCCCUCAAAAGCUGCAAAGAAGCCUUCCUCGGUCUCUCCAAAGAAAUCAGUUGAUUUGAAGAAGAAAGAAUCCCUGGAUAACGAUGAUCAUGAUUCGGAUUAUGAGCCUCUAAGUAAAGCUGGCAAGAAACAUUACCCCAAACGUGAGAGAAAGUCACCAUCUGGGACUCCUAGAAAAGCGGCCUCAGUCAGAUCACAAAGGAACGCAGCAAGGAAAAAGGGGAACACCUGCUCUGAAGAUGACGUUCCUCUCUCAAAGCUCCAGGCCAAGCCAGACAUUGAGGAGAAGCAGUCACAUGAAAACACACACAGCUCGAGCAUUAAGUCAAAACAGGACACACGUGCUUCUGAUGACCCCUCAGAUGAUGAACCUUUGAUCAAAAAUAAAAAAGUCUCUGCUCCAGCUGAGGAAGUGGAGGAAAAAGACAACACGUCACUCAAAUCAAAUGGCACAAGUGACAAGAAAGCAGAUAAGAAUACAGAUGAUGACUCGGAUGAUGAGCCUCUCAUAGGAAAGGCCAAAAAGCCCUCAAAAGCUGCAAAGAAGCCUUCCUCGGUCUCUCCAAAGAAAUCAGUUGAUUUGAAGAAGAAAGAAUCCCUGGAUAACGAUGAUCAUGAUUCGGAUUAUGAGCCUCUAAGUAAAGCUGGCAAGAAACAUUACCCCAAACGUGAGAGAAAGUCACCAUCUGGGACUCCUAGAAAAGCGGCCUCAGUCAGAUCACAAAGGAACGCAGCAAGGAAAAAGGAGAAUAACAGCUCCUGCUCUGAAGACGACAUUAACUCAAAGGACGAACAAGCUUCUGAUGACCCCUCAGAUGACGAGCCUUUGAUCAAAAAGAAAAAAGUCUCUGCUCCAGCUGAGGAAGUGGAGGAAAAAGACAACAAGUCACUCAAAUCAAAUGGCACACCUGACAAGAAAGCAGAUAAGAAUACAGAUGAUGACUCCGACGAUGAGCCUCUCCUAAGAAAGGCCAAAAAGCCCUCAAAAGCUGCAAAGAAGCCUUCCUCGGUCUCUCCAAAGAAAUCUGUUGUUAUUAAGAAGAAAGAAUCAAUGGAUGACGAUGAUGACUCUGAUGAUGACUCUGAUGAUGAGCCUCUGAGUAAAGCUGGCAAGAAACAUUACCCCCAUCGUCAGAGAAAGUCUCCAUCUGGGACUCCUAGAAAAGCGGCAUCAGUCGUCGGAUCAAAAAGGAACGCAGCAAGGAAAAAGGAGAAUAACAGCUCCUGCUCUGAAGACGACGUUAACUCAAAGGACGAACAAGCUUCUGAUGACCCCUCAGAUGAUGAACCUUUGAUCAAAAAGAAAAAAGUCUCUGCUCCAGCUGAGGAAGUGGAGGAAAAAGACAACAAGUCACUCAAAUCAAAUGGCACACGUGACAAGAAAGCAGAUAAGAAUACAGAUGAUGACUCCGACGAUGAGCCUCUCAUAAGAAAGGCCAAAAAGCCCUCAAAAGCUGCAAAGAAGCCUUCCUCGGUCUCUCCAAAGAAAUCUGUUGUUAUUAAGAAGAAAGAAUCAAUGGAUGACGAUGAUGACUCUGAUGAUGACUCUGAUGAUGAGCCUCUGAGUAAAGCUGGCAAGAAACGUUACCCCCAUCGUCAGAGAAAGUCUCCAUCUGGGACUCCUAGAAAAGCAGCCCCAGUCGUCAGAUCAAAAAGGAACGCAGCAAGGAAAGAGGUUAAAUACGAUGAGUCUUCCGGUGACAGCUCAGAUGAUGAACCACUGGCACCAAUGAAGAGGAAGUUGACAAAGGCGCCUAAAGACAGCAGCUCCGGUGAUGAGGAUGUGCCCUUGGUGAAUCUGGCUGCCAAAAAGAAGGAACCAGUGAAGAAAAACACAAAGAAGAAAACUGCAGCGCAAGGCAGAGGGUCCACAAAGAGACGAGGAUCCUCUGAUGGAAGCUCAGAGGAUGAACCCUUGAGUAAUCUUUCGGAAAAGAACAAAGAAACCAAAAAGGCUUCAACUCCGAAGAGGAACACAAAGUCAAAAAAUGUGUCAGAGUCGACAAGCGAUAGUCCGGACGAUAAGCCCCUGAUUAAUCCUGGGAAAAAGAAGAGCACAGACGGACAAACAAAAGUCGAACCGAAGGCUUCACCUGCGAAGAAGAAGAGGAAUGCCGAGUCAAAAAGCGACAGCUCAGACGAUGAACCUGUAAUUAAUCUUGCGAAAAAGAAAACCACAGGCACACAAAGAAAAAUCAAUCAAAAAGCUUUACGUGCAAAGAGGGAGACGAACACAGGUGACGAGUCAACAAGCAGCUCAGAUGAUGAACCCUUGAGUAAUUUCGGGAAAAAGAAAACCGCAAACAUACAAACAAGGAAGAAAACGAAGGCUUCACCUGCAAAGAAGAAGAAGAACAUAGAGUCAGAGAGCGACAGCUCUUAUGGUGGGAAAAAGAAAAGCACAAACAAAAGAAGAAAAAACAAACCGAAGGCUUCACCUGCUAAAAAAAAAAGAGGAUUACAGAGACGUCAGGCGACAGCUCAGAUGAUGAACCCUUGAUUAAUGUUGGGCAAAAGAAAACCCCGGACAGACAAACAAAAAACAAAACAAAGGCUUCACCUGCAAAGAAGAAAAAGAACGCAGAGUGGACCAGCAGCAGCUCAGAUCUCUCCGAUGGCAACUCGGACUAUGAACCCUUAGUUAAUCUUGUGAAAAGGAAAAGUACAGGCAAACAAACGAAAGCUUCACCAGCAAAGAAAAAGAGGAACACAACUCCCAAAAAGCCAAAAAAGAAGAAUGUUUCAGCGUCUUCAAGCAACCGUUCCGACGAUGAGCCUUUAUUCGAAGCAGCUAAACACCCACAAGUGACCAAACUCAUGAGAAUAAUUGUGGAGAGGUGUGAUCUGGAAGAAGCCGGAGACAUAGGAGGCCUGCACAAAACCAGUCCAGAAAAAAAGAUUCCUGAUGAUGAAAUGAUUUCGAACAUCGACUCACCAGAAGAAGAAUAAGCAGAUUAAAUACUGGUUAUGGUGUUUUUUUGAUAGUUUUAUUGUUGAAAGUGGAAAUCUGCCAGAGAGAUGGCUCCUUAAAGAAUCCCAGUGAUAUUGUUAAGUUUAAAUGUGUGUUUUGUAUACAGUACAUACAUUAGGUGUUGGGAAAUUUACUCCCAUUUUUUUUUUUUUACUUUGGGACCAGAUUUAGCCGGUUCCUGAAUUUUUUUUGAUGUCGUCUUUUAUGUUCUUUUACUAUUUUUAAUAUUGUUUGCACUAAUUGUGUUCUCUCUGGUUUUAAAUGUUUUUAAAGAAUAUUUUAACACAUUGAUGUAAGUGAUAUUUGUGCUUUCUAUGAACAUUUUACUGUGUUCACAGCCAAUUGAAAGAAAGAAAAUACUGUUCAAAAGCAAUUUGAAACAUAGUAGGACAUUGUUUUUGUAUUAGUUUGUGUGUUUAAUCUAGUAUACUAUAUCGUAUAGAAGAAAAAAUAAAGUUUUUUUAAAAUUUC